AUGCUAAAUUCAGCUGCAGCCGAAUGUAUUUCUUUCACUAUCGAGGAUCGCGUAUCUACAAAGGCUAUCAAAGCAACUUGUUACACCGUGCUGAUGUUGCUUUCUCUUCUUGGAAACGCGGCGGUCAUCGCUAUUGUUGCAAAAAACAGGCACAUGCGAACGACAACGAACUACUUAAUCGCAAACAUGGCCGUGUCAGAUUUACUGCUUUCUACAUUUGCAGUGCCGCGAGAAAUUGGGGAAAUCUUCAUCGGUUUCCGUGGAUGGUUGAUCGAUGGUCUAGCUGGUGCAGUCCUUUGCAAAGUUGUUUACUUCUUCCAAGACAUCUCCACUGCAGUCUCGAUACAAAGCAUCGUUGUUAUCACAUUGGAUAGGUACACUGGAGUUGUUCAACCCUUUCGUGAACCUAUCGUGACUCCGAAACGACGCAAAUUUGUUAUUGCACUGAUAUGGCUAAUAUCAAUGGGUCUACACGGCAUAUAUUUCUACAUGGCGCGUCAUCAGCGAGUCAAUGGAAUCAGUAUUUGUUCCUUCAGCUUUGAGCCAGCAUUCGACAACUUACAGUCUCUAAGAAUCAACUUUAUUAUUUUAUCAGUCUUUUUGAUAGCUAUUCCUUUAUCAGUUAUAGCUGUUCUUUAUUCUCUCAUAUUGAGGGAUUUAAAAAGAAAGAAACCUUUUUGGCAAAAAUCUUCUUCUUUACUAGUGAAGAACCGACGAAAAGAGGAUACUAAGAUUGUUAGGAACGUUCUAGCAAUCAUAAUAUUAUUUGUUUUUUGCAUUUUACCUAUAGAUAUUGUCGGGUUUUUAUUUUUCUUCGUGUGGUACGAGGAAAUUCCUUGUGGUAUGGACCAAUUGAGUUUCGCAGCUAAGUUCAUAUUUUACUCCAACGCAUCACUUAACCCGUACAUUUAUUUCCUCCUGAAUGACAGAUAUCGCCAAGGGUUGCGAAAUAUUUUUAAUCACGGCAAAGCUAAAGAAUGCUUCCCUCGCGAGGAGGAGAUAAGUGACAUUGAAAUGAAUGCUGUGUAA